GGGAGAGAGCGCGGGUGGCGGGCCAGGCCGCGGGACAGCCGCAGGUGGGGCCUGGAGCGGUGGCCGGAUCGAGGCAGCCCCGCAGCCCCGCGCGGGAGCCAAGAUGCCUCGCGGGGACUCGGAGCAGGUGCGCUACUGCGCGCGCUUCUCCUAUCUUUGGCUCAAGUUCUCUCUCAUCAUCUACUCCACCGUGUUCUGGCUGAUUGGGGGCCUGGUCCUGUCAGUGGGGAUCUACGCAGAGGCAGAGCGGCAGAAAUACAAAACCCUGGAGAGUGCCUUCCUGGCCCCCGCCAUCAUCCUCAUCCUCCUGGGGGUGGUCAUGUUCAUCGUCUCCUUCAUCGGGGUGCUGGCUUCCCUCCGGGACAACCUGUGCCUUCUGCAGUCGUUUAUGUAUAUCCUGGGGAUCUGCCUGGUCAUGGAGCUUAUUGGUGGCAUAGUGGCUUUGAUCUUCCGGAACCAGACUAUUGACUUUCUGAACGACAACAUCCGGAGAGGAAUCGAGAAUUACUACGAUGAUCUGGACUUCAAGAACAUCAUGGACUUUGUUCAGAAGAAGUUCAAGUGCUGUGGCGGGGAGGACUACAGAGACUGGAGCAAAAACCAGUACCAUGACUGCAGCGCCCCCGGGCCCCUGGCCUGCGGGGUGCCCUACACCUGCUGCAUCAGGAACACGACAGAUGUUGUCAACACCAUGUGUGGCUACAAAACAAUCGACAAGGAGCGCCUGAAUGCACAGAACAUCAUUCACGUGCGGGGCUGCACCAACGCCGUGUUGAUAUGGUUCAUGGACAACUAUACCAUCAUGGCGGGCCUUUUACUGGGCAUCCUGCUUCCUCAGUUUCUUGGUGUGCUGCUGACCCUACUGUACAUCACCCGUGUGGAGGACAUUAUCUUGGAGCACUCUGUCACGGAUGGAUUGCUGGGACCUGGUGCCAAGUCCAGAACGGACACAGCAGGCACUGGAUGCUGCCUGUGCUAUCCCGAUUAGCUAUGCUGAUUGAGCUAUCCUGGCCCGGCACAGCAGCUCCCAGCCGGACUGUACUGCAAAGUGCAUCUAAGACUACACAAGCUGGACAGGACCAGCUGCAGCUCCUCUGCCCACCCACGGCGCUGACCAAAGCCCAGGGUGUAUGUACCUGCGUAUAGUGUCUGAUGGCCACUCCUCCUAGGGGAAAGCUGAACCCUGUGGGAUCCCGGGAACAGGGAUAGCCCAGCUCCGGUUCUGAGUCCUGGAGAAGGCAGCUCAGGGCUCCGUGUGGGCUCUUUUUCUUUCUGGCAGUGCCUUGGCCAGUGGUCAUUAUGCCCCUUCAAGGGCAGUUUUGCAGUGAUUAUUUUUAAAGGCAAGAAGGGAGUGUAUCUGUUCUAUAGGGAAGUCCUGGGUGCAGCCCUGGUACACUACUCUAGAUGUGACGUUGGACUGUGUCUCAAAUUCCCAGGUGCCUUGAGUCCUCUGUAAGGCUCCUGCUUUGCCCACCCAUUUUCUACAUAUGUUUUUUUUCUUUUUUUUUUUAAUAACCGUGUUUUGUAUACAAUUAACAAGAGUUUCUGGCUAUUCAAAACUAGCCACCCCUGACCGAGUCCACUCACCCCUCCCCGUUAGUUCAUUAAUUGAACAAUAAAUAUGUGUUUUGGGGGGUGGUCUUUUAUUUGUGUUGUUUGGAAGUCUCUUGUCAGAUUGAGAGAAGGCUGCCCCGGGGUGAAGAUUGGUAUAACUUGGGGCGCUGGGGUCAGGGAGAAAGAAUGGACAGCAUUCGUAUUUCACACUCUAUGGGAAACUAAUAGUAAGACUUAAGAGUCCAUGGUUACAUGGAGAAGUAGCUGAGUCCAGGGCUCCUGUAGGAGAAUGGUAUCACAAGUCUACCCGUGUUAUAGAAAGUAACCGAGGUAGGGCUCUGUAGGGACCCAUGCCAAACAAAGCUUGGUGCUUGCCGCCCCCUGCUGGAGACAUCCGGCCUUGCAGGAGCAGUCGGUCCAAGUGUCACCCCAACCCUACCUGGGUUUCUAGGUUUUUCUGUGAGAGUUUUAGACAGGGCAAUAGAUAUAAAACAAGAAUCUCAGACCCAGCUAAGCCUGGGUUAGGGAAUUCCCCUCACCAGGGAAGCUUGUGUUCCAUAUGAGGAAGGGUGGAGGCGGGGCUUUAAAAAGAACACCAUGACCAUGAACACACCAGAGGCCAGACCUAAACAUUCAGCAUAGACAGAAACUCUUGGUGCUCACAGCUGUUUGUGGUCAUCCCUGUAACCUCAGUUUUGUAUGGAAACAGAGGCACAGUUAACCAACAUGUUGAGGCAUGGGACUGUGUAUGAAGAACCUCUGCUUGAGUUGCGUCUGUGUAUAGACAGACUCUCCCAGGUGUGCGAAACCAGGCAUGGCUGGGACUGCUGCUCCCGUGCUCCCUAACUAAUCCCCCUUUGGUUGUUGAGACGGGGUCUCACGUAGCCCAGGCUGGCCUCCAGCUCACUGUGUAGCUGAGGAUAUCCUUAAGCUCCUGAUUCCUGGGCUGCUUUCUCGUGAAUGCUGGGAUCACGGUGAGUCCCACCACUCCCCGUUUAUGGAAUUUGGGGCCUGAAAGCUCUUUAUCUCGUGGCUCCACUGAGCCCCUUUGAUCAGGGCACAGGGCUGGGUGGUGAGCCUUCUGGCCCUGGCUCUAGCCAUCCUCAGAAUCCUGUAGUAUAGCAGUAUGGCUGGGGCACUCAGAGGGGAUCAGAGGCUGGUGACUCUGUCAUUCUCCCUCUCUCUGCCAUCAGGGAUGGGGGUUGGUGCCUACCCAGACCCGAGUUUCUAUAUGCCCUCUGAAUGACAAAGCUGUCUCUUGCCUCUCAAGAAAAAUAAAACCACAGAGCUUUGCCAGCCGGUCUCGGGGGUCACCUGCUAUGGCACGUUUCUGUUACCCAAUGCCAAGGGUACCAUCUUGCCACCUUGUCUCUCAAGAAUAGAGAAUAACUUCAAGGGGUUGGAGAGAUGGCUCAGUGGUUAAGAGCACUGACUGCUCUUCCAGAGGUCCUGAGUUCAAUCCCUAGCAGCCACGUGGUGGCUCACAACCAUCUGUAACAGGAUCCGAUGCCUUCUUCUGGUGCAUCUGAAGACAGCGACAGUGUAUUCAUAAAUAAAAUAAUUAAAUAUUUUCUAAAAACCCAACAGAAUGACCCUCAAAAUUAGUCCCUUUCUUCACUCUUCAGUUUUUGAAGAUUUUUGUUACAAGAAAAAUGUGGGGGCUGGAGAGAUGGCUCAGCGGUUAAGAGCACUGACUGCUCUUUCCGAGGUCCUGAGUUCAAUUCCCAGCAACCACAUGGUGGCUCACAACCAUCUGUAAUGGACACCCACCCUGUUCUGGUGUGUCUGAAGACAGCUACAGAGUACACAUAUACAUAAAAUAAAUAAAUCUUAAAAAGAAAAAUGUGUUUAGGAACCCUGGUUUCCUGUGAAAAUUUAAAAAAAAAAAAACUGUUGAAGAAACUUCCUUUUGAAAUAUGCACAGCACAAGUAAAUAGUAAUUUGCUGAGCAUGGGGGCUGAUCCAUGCCUGUAAUCCAGCACUCAGGGGGUGGAGGCAGGAGGAUUGUGAGGUCAAAACAUGGACCAAAAAUAAACCCUUUCUUAAAUUGC